CAUGUCAGUCAGGUCAUUUCCUCCAUGAGUUCCUCUGAAGAAGUGUUGUUUCUCUGCUCUCAAGCAAAGACGCACAAAAUAGUGCUGGUGUUGCAGUGAGGCUUCACAACCAGAGACUCGGACUGCUUUAAUACGAAUCCUGUGGCUCUGGGGACGAUGAAGAACACCUUUGUCUGUGAUGAAUCCAUGAUCAUCACCAUUCCUGUUGGGAGCAUCCAGGAACUUCAGGACGGUCAGCUGAUGCCAGAACAAUUCUACUGCGUGUUCAAUGAUCACUUCAAGGUCCUUGUCAUCAAGGGGAAAGCUCAGCCUCUCGGAGCAGCCCAAGCUAUCUUUGGUCUGCUUCUUUCUGCUCUCGCACUGGUGGUCUAUGGUGAAGUGUUUUGGUUAUUUACAAUUCCCAGCAUUGUGUUUGUAAUCUGUGGCGGGCUGUCCUUUGCUGCUGGGAAAUAUCCAAACAUGACUGUGGCGAAGCUGUCCUUUUCCCUGAACAUUCUGAGUUUACUUUGGUCAUUUACAGGAUUUGUUAUGAUCCUGAUAGUCUUGAUUUCACCCUACCUACCUUAUAGGAUAGACCCAUAUUAUUUGCGAUACUCACGUUAUUGGGAUUACCCACCUUAUAGGAGAUACCCACCUUUUUGGGAAGUGGGACAAAUCAUAAUCCUGAUAUUGAGUCUGCUGGUUGUUGAAUUUUUCAUCUGCAUUUUCCUGAUCUACUGGUUGAGUAAAGCCAUUUGCAGACAACACUUUAAUACUCUGCCGACUAUAGUGCUGAAACCAGGAAACUGACAUUUGAAGAUUGAAGAGAAUCAAGAGUCAACAUCAUGUAUGCUCUACUUUGAUUGUAAAAAUCAGCAAUUGUUUUUAUGUCAGAUAUAACUGUAAACUAAACACAGAGACAAAAUCAGUUUUUAAAGGACACUUUUUGAUUUUUGAUUCACCAGUUUGCUCUAGUGGGAUUAAUAAAGUUUAUAUUUCAUCUCAUCUCUUAUGAGGAGAAGGUUGUCUUUACAAUGUUGCAAAACUUUGACUUCACUGGUUAAAACUUCCUUUUCUUCACUUCAUUUUGAUCUUUCCUAUUUUAAACAUUUCUAUGUUCAUUUUAUAAUAGUACAAUUAAGUUUUGAUAGAUUUUACUAAAACAUAAUCUGCCUUUAAAGAAUCUAAUCAAACAAACAUGUAUCCCCCAAAAUGCUAAAUU